UGCAGUUGCAGAGUGCAGACAGACACGACCAAACCUCGCCGCCGCCAUGUCCGCCGCCGAAGUUGAGACUGUUGCCGCCUCCGUGACUGACACUGUCGCCGCUCGGCUCGCGGCCAUCUGCGACAUGAUCCAGGGGCACCGCGCCUCCGGGACGCCGAUCAGCGCCAGACGAGCCGCCGCCAUCUCCGCGAUGAUCGACGACGUCGCCGCCACCGCCGCCGAGGGGAGGCCGAGGGCGUUCAGGCAGAAGCGUCGGAUGGCCAGCGCCCGCGGGUACAAGCAGGAGGGCCGCAGGCUCGGCCAGCAGGGCGGGAGCGGCGGCGUCGUCGUCAUGGCGCGCCACCGCGCCACGGGCCGCGCCGUCGCCGUCAAGUCUCUCCACCGCAGGAGCGGCGGGAGCUACGUCGGCGACGUCCUGCGCGAGGCCUGCUUCACGGCAGCCGGCGGGGGCCACCCCUCGCUCGUCACGUUCCGCACCGUCGCGCGCAAGCCCAGCACCACGGACUACUCCAUCGUGACGGACUACGUCGGGCCGAGCCUCAGGGCUGUAAUGGGUGACCGCGGCGGCCGGCCGUUCCCGGAGGCCGAGGUGCGCCGCAUCAUGCGGCAGCUGCUGGCCGGCGCCGCGGCCAUGCACGGGCGUGGGAUCGUCCACCGGGACGUCAGGCCCGACAAUAUCCUCGUCGGCGACGGCGGCGCCGUCAAGAUCUGCAACUACGGAGCGGCCAAGUCCAUGGCCGAGAAGGACCCGCCGUGCUACGACCCGGCCGGAACGUGCGUUUACGUCGCGCCGGAGGUGCUGGUGAAGAACGCCGACCACGGCGAGCUCGUGGACUCGUGGUCGCUCGGCUGUGUGAUGGCGGAGCUCCUCACCGGCAAGCCGCCGUUCGCGGGGGAGGACGAGGCGCACCAGCUCUUCAAGAUCUUCGACGUGGUCGGCGUGCCGUGCAGGAGGGCGUGGCAGGCACUGAAGCCCCAGGUCCACGACGACAAGGUGCAGCUGUGGCGAGCGCGGCAGCACCGGCGAGUGGGGCUGGGGCCCCGCAAUCGACUGCACGAGCUGAUCCCCGAGGAGACGCUGUCAGGCGAAGGCUUUCAGGUCCUGAAAGGGCUCUUGUCGUGCGAUCCCGAGAAGCGGCUGACGACGGCCACCGCGCUCCAGUGUCCGUGGUUUACCGAGGACGACGACGACGCUCCUGUUUCGGGGAGGAUCAUCACGGUUUCCAAGAUCGGCUCCAUGGCCAGCAAGUCGUUGUUACUGGCCAUGUCUUCCAUUGGAUGUGCGCUAGCAGGUUUACUCAGGCCCAAGGCACUGCGGCUGUGAUUGUCCAGUGUUGUCGACGAGUAGUUUUUAGUGAUCUGUUACUCUCUCUCUCUCUCUCUCCAUUUUACUAGGUGAUUCUCCAAGUGUUGUUGCAGGAUUUGAGCAAAUUUUUUUGAUAAA